AGAAGCUCAUUCAGGAUUUUGCGGCUGACUCAAAGCUACAAACGUCCGCUGAUUUAAAAGAAAGAAGGGAAGGUAAUUUCUGAAGUUAAAACCAACCCCAAUAGCUAAACUUCAGACACAAAUAUUCCUUGCAGGAAAGAUGAAGUUAACCUUUGUGGUCAUAGUUUGCUUCUGCGUUUUGGUGAACACACAAACAGGUGCCAGACCGAUCGAGGAUGAAGAAGACCCCUACAGACAGCCUGCAAACAUGCCCUAUUGGCCUUUCACGGCCAACGAUUUCUGGGCAUAUGUGGAAUACUUCCGGAUCUUGGGAGCAUACCAUAGAAUCAAUGAGAUGGCCAGGACCUUCUUUGCUCAUCAACCUCUUGGAAGCACUCUUGGAUAUCAUGUCCCAGAUCAUGAGCACUAACUCACUUGGCGAUUCCCAACAAUUACCAAUACCAACGGAUCACCAGAAUUACUUUUCUAACAACUGUGUUAUUCCACUGCUUCUUUUAUAUCAAAUACGUAACUUCUGUUCCUGGUACUUCUAAUGUUAAAUCUUAGUGUGGCUUCUUUUUUAGUAGACUAUAUAUACUUACUAUUUACCUUUUUUUGCAAGCAGAAUAAAGAAUUAUUU